AUGCUGGCGUCGCUUUCGCUCCAGCUCCGCCAUCUGCUCUUUGUAGAUCCGGAUUUGCUCGUCAAGGCACUUGCGGCAUCGCUGGCCCUGCUCGUACACGACCAGGGGCUGGAUUUCGUUGCACGGAGGCGAGCACUGGUGCUCUACAAAUUUGACCUGCUCGUGCACGCCGCAGUCCAUGCAGGUCUGCAUGGUGCGCACUGA